UCAGCAUGCCUUGCAGUUCAGCAGCUGGGAUAGAAACUUUACUGGGUUGUCUGCUCUUUACGCCUUUUAAGUUGCCACAGAAACACCUAGACAUUGCAUUUCGAAAUGUAACAGGGACAUGACGUUGCAAGUCAGUUUUAAAGGACAUGAAGAGCCUACCACGGCUAAAGUACUGAUAAAAAAUUCUAUAAUUAGAGUUCUUAUUUGUAUGAAAAGGAGAAAGCAUGAAUUUUUAGUGUAACUGCUCGAAUGCCUUGUCCCAAGCUUUAGUUUAACCGUUUUCUGACAAGUGGAUUAAAGUUGCUGUCAGUUUCUGCCAGUUUAAUAAUAGUAAUUAGUAAUUAAAGUUUCCUUCGGCAUUCAGUAUCAGUGGAUUGUUAAUCGGAUUUAACUAGUUUGAUGGCAUUUGUGUUUUGCUUCUUUUGUGAAUCUGCGAUCAGUUGUUGUGAGCUGUAAUGAACAACGAAGAAGAGCAAUCAUGUACAACCGACCCCACGGUCGUCUCUCAGUGGGCAGCGGCGGCACAUUCCGCCGCGAUAAACCGUAAAAAAUUAUGGACACCGCCCACGAUGAACCGCGACACCCUGCGGCGGAUCUGUCGUACCUUGAAACUGUACAACACACCGGAACUAAACGAUGUCCUUUAUCUGAACCACCAAGGUUUUUCAAAGAUCGAAAAUCUGGAGGAGUACACCGCGCUGCGCUGCCUCUUCCUGGGUUCCAACGGACUGGAGCGUAUUGAGAAUCUCAGUCAUCUUCACGAGCUGCGCAGUCUGUUUUUACAGCAUAACUUCCUGACCCGCAUUGCCCAUCUGCACGGGAUGCCACGAUUGGCCAAUCUGAGCUUGAGUCAUAAUCGUAUCUCGCGGAUUGAAAAUCUUAAUAAGUAAUCCACCCUGUGUUCGCUGGAGAUCGCACACAACGCGCUGGCGACAGUGGAGGAUCUAGCGCAUCUGGCGGAGUGCCGUUCGCUGGAGAUUCUGGAUAUCUCCAACAACCGCCUGGAGGAUCCGCGGAUUGUGGAUAUUCUGGCGGGCAUGCCAAAUCUGAGUGUACUGUACUUGACCGGGAAUCCGGUGAUCGCCAAAAUUCCCAAUUAUCGCAAGACGCUGAUCUGUCGUAUUGCCACGUUGAACCAUUUGGAUAUGAACACGGUGUUCCCCAGAGAUCGCGCCUGUGCAGAAGCAUGGUAUCGUGGUGGAAAGGAAGCGGAGCUGGAAGAGCGCUCAGCCUGGAUUAACAAGAAGCACAAGGAAACACAAGAGAGCGUUCAAAAUCUUCUGGCAUUACGCAUCAACGCCCAGAUUUGCAAAAGCGCCGUGGAGGACAUCGUUAGCACCAUAGAGCGAACCGAAAAUGCAGGAUCGGGUGAUGCGAGGGUGAAUCUCCUGGAAGCGUACAAUUCUGUUCAAUCCGAACCACAAUCUGCCGGAGAUGCGCCACAUGUCACCGACAUUAAACCUAGCCAAGAACGGUGCCCGUACGGAUAUCUAGAAGAGGAGAUUCCACUCGAAGAAGAGAAUUUAACUGCAGCUCCAGCUUUGGAGGAAGCGUAUACGGUGCAGCACACCGAUCAGUUUCCUCUUUUACCGGCACAGCAUGACGAGGAAGUAAUCCCUCAACGCCAUACUGAAGAAUCCGGUGAUACCCUCGAUUACGGCGCUGAUAUGCACCAGUCCGAAGGGAUAUUCGCCGGUGACAGCCCGAGUGAUGCGGUCCAGCUGACAAAGACGUUAGCACGGAUGUUUGGCGCCAUGCAAACCGAUGACGGCGACUAUGCCCCGCCGCUAUCGGGUGGCGACAACGCGAUCAGCGAUAAGUCGUUGUAUCCACUGGGACGCGGGACAUACCAACAGCUGCCGCGCUCGGGUCGGCCUUUAAUUGAAGUCAUCGAGUCGUACGAUCACUGAAACGUAGCACGGUGAAGGGACAAUCAACCCACCGUUCGUACACAUCGGUUUGUUCAGAAAAGGUCAGGGUUUCCCGGUUUCAGACCGGCAGAUAUAGUUCGAACAGGAGAACGGUAUACAAGGAGUACGUGUCAAUGAAAAAGAACGGUGAUCAACCAACGAAAAGCCAAAUGCGUCGACUCAACUUGACGACGCCAAAUUAAUUUUGGUGAAGAAUGCAGUGGUUGAUUCGCUGUAUGAAUUUAAAGACGAGCUGGUUAAGUUCAACAAUUUUAUGUAAGCAAUGAUAAAACUUAAAACAAAUUUUGUUUCCUUCAUGAUGCGUGUAAUGUAGUCGGUGCUGUUUGCAGUCUUUUUUGCGGCGAUAUACCCAAUCACAGCGUCAUGUGGCAAACGAUAAACCCUGGCAAAUGCCAGCAACCCGAAUUACGUCUAAGGUUUCUGGCAUACAAAUAUAUGCAGACCUAAUGU